AAUCUGACUGACAUGUCAGACAUUAGUUUAGUUUCCGUUGGUUUCGGUUAUAUAAACUUUAAGUCUCCCAAAAAACACACGGUCUUAACCAAAGAAAUGCAGGCACAUUCACAAGACGCAGAGAGAACAGACAAGAGAGAGACACACAAAUCUCUUCUUUCUUUUUUACCCCUUUUUUUUUCUCGUCUUUUUCUUUUUUUUCAUUCAAUAACAGGAAAUUUUGAAUCUGUCUUUAGCUUGUCUCGUCAACUUCAUUAGACAAUGUUAAUUUUGUCUGCAAACAAAGUCCCCAUUUUCCUUGUUCCAAUGUUGGCACAGUUACACGUAUAGAUCUUGUUUUGCAGAAUUUUGAUGUGAAGAAAUAAAAGAGAGAAAUUUAAGGAAAAGUUUGUGUUUUUUUUUUACUGGGUUUUUGUCAAACUGUUGAAAGUUUUUAUGAUUUAUAGGAUUUGGAUCUAAUUGUAAAGAGAACAAAGAAGAAAUGGGGGUGGAUUAUUAUAAUAUAUUGAAGGUGAACAAGAAUGCAACAGAUGAUGAUCUCAAAAAAUCAUACAGGAGAUUGGCAAUGAAAUGGCAUCCCGACAAGAACCCAAACAACAAGAAGGAAGCUGAAGCCAAAUUCAAGCAGAUCUCUGAGGCCUAUGAGGUCCUGAGUGACCCUCAAAAAAGAGCAGUUUAUGAUCAGUAUGGUGAAGAAGGCUUGAAAGACAUGCCACCACCAGGCAGCAGCGGACCAUCAUUUGGAAAUGGCACUGGUGGGCCAAAUGGGUAUAAUCCUAGGAAUGCGGAGGAUAUCUUUGCAGAGUUCUUUGGGAGUAGUCCUUUUGGAUUUGGGUCAUCAGGACCUGGUAGGUCUUCAAGAUUCCAUUCUGAUGGAGGGAUGUAUGGAGGAUUUGGUUCGACUGACAACAUUUUUCGAACUUACAGUGAGGGGACUGUACCCAGGAAACCUCCCCCAGUUGAAAGCAAAUUGCCUUGCAGCCUUGAGGAGCUUUACACUGGAUCAACAAGGAAGAUGAAGAUCUCUAGAACUGUUGUCAAUUCGGCUGGGCGGCAAGUACAAGAAACAGAAAUAUUAACCAUUGAUGUGAAGCCAGGGUGGAAGAAAGGAACGAAGAUUACUUUCCCAGACAAAGGGAAUGAGCAACCAAAUCAGCUUCCAGCAGACCUCGUAUUUGUCAUUGAUGAGAAACCCCAUGAUUUUUACAAAAGAGAUGGCAACGACCUUCUUGUUAACCAAAGGGUCUCACUAGCAGAGGCACUUGGGGGCACAACAGUAAAUCUCGUUACUCUUGAUGGGCGUAGUUUGUCAUUGCCUGUGACCGAUAUUAUCAGCCCUGGUUAUGAACUAGUUGUUGCCAGGGAAGGAAUGCCUGUAGCAAAGGAGCCUGGUAAUAGAGGUGAUCUUAGGAUCAAAUUUGAGGUGAAGUUCCCUACAAGGUUGACUCCAGAGCAACGAGCUGGACUCAAACGUGCUCUAGGGGGUUGAACUAGGAAGUAUUCCAUAUGUACCAAAACCAUUAUUCCCAGGCAGGACUUAAAACACCAAAGCUGUCUCUGUUAGAGUAAUUGACUGGCAUCUUCAACAGGGAGAGUUACCUUGCCUGUGUAUCAUAGUUUACUGCCCGAUCAUCUUUUUGGGUGCAUUGAACUUGCCUCAGUCAAUAUCUUCCAACACCUUUUGGCCAAAAAAAAUCCAACCCCCGUCACCUAAUAUUGGAUUUAUUAUUAUUAUUAUUAUUAUUA